GCUUGCGAGCUAUAGUUAGCAACUACAUGCACUCUUUUAUUGCUUAGGUAGUUGCUAUUACGCGUUCGCGGCCAUGGACGACGCAAUAAUAUUCCGUAUGAGCGCGUUUUCCGAGCAAGGAGGCAGAAAAUACAUGGAGGAUGUUGUCGAGAUAAGAAUCGAGUACGAGCCGACGCCGUCGCCAGUCGAAGAUUAUCCAAAGUCGCAGAGACAUGGAGGGCAGGGAAAGGAGGAGAGCGAGCCCACCGAACAGACUGAAAACGAGACGCACGGCCACAAGGUAGCUGCCGAGUCGGGUCCAGCCUCUGCCGUGUGGGUAGAGAGUUUAUCAGAGGAGGACAACGGCGGCAACAUCAGCGCACCGGGACCCGACGGAAAAGACGCAGAGCGUGUUGUCGACACCCGGCGGUCCGUGGCGUUUUUCGCCGUGUUCGACGGCCACGGGGGUCGAGAAGCGGCGCAUUUCGCGAGAGAGAACCUGUGGGGUUUGUUGAAAAGGCAGCGGGGCUUUUGGUCGAAGGAUCACAGUGAAGUGUGCGCUGCUCUUCGGAAGGGAUUCAUCGCCUGUCAUCACGCAAUGUGGAAAGAGCUGCCGGAGUGGCCAAAGACCAUCACGGGCCUGCCGAGUACAUCGGGCACCACAGCCAGCGUUAUCGUGAUCCGCGGAGUCCACAUGUACGUUGCCCAUGUAGGGGAUUCGGCAGUAGUGGUGGGAGUGAAAGAAAAUGACUCUGAUAUCAUGCUCCAGGCGCUUGAAGUAACACAGGACCAUAAACCAGAACUUCCUAAAGAAAAAGAAAGGAUUGAACGACUGGGUGGCAGUGUAAUGAAGAAAUCUGGGGUGAACCGUGUCGUGUGGAAGAGGCCCAGGCUGACCCAUAACGGUCCUGUGAGGAGGAGUACAGUCAUCGACCAGAUCCCGUUCCUGGCUGUCGCCCGAUCCCUCGGUGACCUCUGGAGCUAUGACUUCUACAGCGGGGAGUUUGUGGUUUCUCCAGAGCCCGACACCACCGUGAUGACCCUCGAUCCCAAACGGCAUCGCUACAUUAUCCUCGGCAGCGACGGACUGUGGAACAUGAUGCCGCCCAAGAAUGCUGUUAAUAUGUGUUAUAGCCAUGACAAAAUGGUGGGACCAAAAGGAAUGUCUUGCGCCCGCCGGCUGGGAUGCACAGCUUUACUGUUUUGGAAGGAACGCAUGCUACGUGCUGACAACACAACAGUCAUUGUGUUGGCCCUGCAGGAGCGUGGGGGCCCGCCUAUCCCUAUGCAUCGAGAUGAGAUAGUUGUUGACAUGGCGACAGGAAUUGACCAUGUUCCAUACCCAGGAACUACUUAUAACACGUGUGAGGUCCCAAAGGUCAGUAGUGAUGCAGAGAAUGCUCCGUCACCGUUCAAAGAAAGACCCACAGCUCUGGAGCAGGCAUUUGGGCUGUAUGAAGCAGCUUUCUGUGCCACCACGCAGCUCUUACCUGACGUAGACUCUGUAAGGGCCACACUGCCCCCUGCAGAAGGUUCAGUGAAUGUUUUCGAAACGCAAGACCCAACAACCCAAAUGGACUGUACGACUUCUCCUCCGUUAAAAAGGUCUCGCCGUUGUUCAAGCGCCUCCCCAGAACUCAAAGGUCCUGCUCGUCGGCUCGGCCGGCCCCCAAACAAAAGUCUGUCCCAGAAGACACCUCACAGCAAAAUACCAAGUGAACAAUCCCGGCAAACUCGUGCUCAAAACAGAGAAAGGAGCUCCUCCGAGGAGCGCGGCAUCCUAGCACAGCACCACAACGCUGCCUUGUGUGUGUGCUGAAGCUCGUCAAGUGUGUUUUUUUGUCCUGACACUAAAAUAAUAAUCAGCAUCGUGUCAGCUUAGAUCGAGUACGGGGUGUCCCGCCGGCCUGUUCCUAGAUGUAUACUUUUUAUACAAAGUCUUUGUUUUUGUAAAUAUGUAAGAAGUGGAGGUUUUAAAUGUGUUGCUGUUCUGCCUUUUUGUUCUUCUUCUUCUUCUUCUUGCUCCUCUUCCUACCCCACUCUUUAAAUUUUAGUGUUCGCACAAUUCUGAAAUUUUUGAAUUGUUCAAAGUACCCUAUUUUCAUACUUUUUAAGUAUGUACAGUAUAUCCAAAAUAUGUAUUUUGAAGAAGAUAGAUCACCACAAUCUGACCUAACGGGAGUUCACCACAAUUGUGACCCAUGAGAGCUUCCAUUUUAGAUUUUUAUUAAAUGAAUUAACUAUUUCAGAUUGUUUUACCUGACCGAUGGUAUGACAUGAUGGCCUUUGCUUGACCUCAAAUGGAUUGUUUGGAAUUAAAUCUCAGAUUAAAUGUGCUUACGAGGCUGUUGUCUGGGAUGUGUUGAUGGUUGUUUUGCUGUGCGUGCGGUGGAGUAUCAACUUCUGAGGGUGUACUCUUCAGUUGUCUAGAAGCCCCUAGUGGUGGUAAUACUAUAGGAGGCAAGCAAUGGUCUGAGGUAAAUAUGCGGGUAUUGAUUUUGAAUCUGUAUUGUUUGUUUUAUGUCUUUGGUUUAUUGAGUAUCAUGAUCCCAAAUGUUCCUCAGCUAAUUGAUUCUUAUGCACGGUUUGUAUGGAAGUGUUACAGGGUCACUUCGCCCACAUCAGGAAGACUCGUAGGUGUGUGUGAUUUGAGUGAACUGACCCUUUAAUGGUAUUUGAUUUUAGCUGCUCCAUUCUGAGCCCCUUCAUUUAAUUAUUACUCAUCAUCUGGCCAAUUAAAUGAUAACCUUAUGGUAUUUUAAAACUGUUUGAGCAGGAAUGGAGGUCGUCGGCUUUAUUGGGUGUCUGCUAGGCACAAACGUCAACAUGUCUUCCUCUUUCUUCUUAUAAACUGUUAUCUUUUGUGUAUGGUUUGCAUCCAUAACUUGUGUUUUUAAUCCGCACAGACAACACUUUAACGGUACGUAUGUUGACUACAGCAAGUGCCAGAUUCAUGGUGAAGUGAUCCAAGUUCUAACUUGUGUUAACAUGGCAGCUCAGUUACCGUUUUAGCUGAUUUCUUGCCUUCUUUUUACAUAAAAUGUCAUGGUUGCCUUAGCACAAUUGAGUCACAGGUGCUUUUCAUGCGUUUUCGUAUUUGGGACCCAAAAACCCGGUGAGAAUCUCCAGGACGUGUCGGCGAAAGUACGCCUGUCGCUCGGCCUCAACUGUUAAUCAUGCACCUUCAGUUCUACUUUGGUGUCAUUUUUACCAUUUUGCACUGCAGCACACUAAAACCUGCUCCGUGUGGUUAAUGUUUCCCAAUAAGUUCGAGCAGUUUGUUCAUUUUUUUUGUACAGUACGUCAAUAUGCAAUAGAAGUUUGUACAGUACAUUAUUAUGCAAAGUAAUUGGGUUUUUCAGGAGUCUGGCAUGCUCAGAUCUACUCUGUAUGUUGUGAAGUGUCCAGAGGUAAUGGAUGUUAAUGGGCAUGUGGUGUUUUGACAAUUACAAUACUUUGAUCUGACUUUGUAUCCAAUGCUGUCAGUUUGCAGGACUGACUGUGGACGUUACAUACUUUAAAAAGUGACUGGAUAUACAAUAUCUGUGUGUUGUAAUAAAGUUCUCAUUUUUCAAAUGGUGUCA